AGGUCUAUGUUACCAGGUCUUAAAAUUAAAAAAAAAAAAAAAAACUAGACCGUAGACGACAGACGUCAAUGUCAGUGUAAAGCUCUCAAGCUAAUUGCAAGAGGCAAGAUGAACCAUCUGAGUUCACUGUCUAGGACUAUGAGAGAAUACAGUCGAAAGAAAUCUGUUAAGUAUGGUGUACCCUUCAUUUUAUUUAUAGUAGGAGGCUCUUUUGGACUUAGAGAAUGGACUCAACUUAGGUACCAAUUUUCACAAGUAAAAGGGGUGAGUAAAGAAGAAGCUGAAAAAAUGGGACUUCAUAAGGCAAGGGAGGUUACCUUGGAAGAAGCUUAUGAAGAAAUACAAAACCUAGACAUUGAUAAUUGGGAAAAUAAAAGAGGGCCAAGACCUUGGGAAACUAAUGAAGAACAAAAAUAAUUAUGUUAUAUUUAUUAAUAAACAUAUAAGAUUGAAAAGAUAUAAAUGAUUAGAUAAUGUAGAUUAAAGAGUUGUGAUAUUUAUAAA